CCGUUAGCAUCGCCGCGUCCUCCGGUGCGUGGGCGACCGUACCGGGCGGCGGCACCCGUCCACGCCUCCUGUCCCGUCCGGAUCCGUGCACCUCCGAGGCCCGGAGGAGCCAUGGCGGAGGAGAACCUGCACGGACAGGAGCAGCAGCAGCAGCAGCAGCAGCAGCCGAACGCGGAGAGCCUCCCUGGCCUGCUUCCCGGACUGCAGGGCGCUGAGCUCCGGAUCAAGAGCUCCAUCUGCAAAUCUGUCCAGUUAAAGGUAGAAAGCAUUCUGCAAGAUGUGGAGAAAUUCUCCGACAUUGAAAAACUCUACCUCUACCUUAAGUUGCCUUCUUAUACCAGCAGUACUACUGAUAAAAGUGACCACAGUGGCCUGUCGUCAAGUCGUGUACAGCAGGUGCACGCCUUCAACUGGAUCCGCAAUCACUUAGAGGAAUACCCAGAAACCUCUCUCCCCAAGCAGGAGGUCUACGACGAAUACAAGAGCUUCUGCGACAAUCUGAACUACCACCCGCUGAGUGCUGCAGACUUUGGAAAGAUGAUGAAAAAUGUCUUCCCGAACAUGAAGGCACGUCGGCUUGGCAUGAGAGGAAAAUCAAAAUAUUGCUACAGCGGACUAAGGAAGAGACCUUUUGUUCACAUGCCAUCUUUACCUACUCUGGAUCUACAUAAGACAGCAGAUGCAAGUCAGUGUGAUGUUCUGGAGUCUCCAGGUCAGCUGGGCAGCAUCAAGGAGGAUGUGCGAUUUGCAGCGUGCGACCUGGUGUGCGAGUGGGCUCAGAAGGUCCUGAAACGGCAGUUUGAUGCCGUUGAGGACUUGGCUCGCUUCCUAAUCGACAGCCAUUACAUCAGCAACAAGUCUUUGGCAGCUCUCACCAUAAUGACCGGCACAGCAACAGAGGUCAAAGCUCAGCAGACUGUCUCAGCCUUCGUCCCCACAACGGAGGCUCAGACUUUCCAGCCUCACUCGGCGACACUGUCCUCGCCGUCUGUCGACGCGAAGCAGCAGCUCCAGAGGAAGAUCCAGAGGAAACAGCAGGAGCAGAAGCUGCACUCUCCUCUACCUGGAGACGGUCAGACCAAGAGGCCAGACAGCAGUGUGCCUUGCGGGACCCCCACCCCUCCGUUACCUCCCCCGACCAUAGGCAUCGUGGUGACUGCUGUCCCAAGCCCAAUCACUAGAAGCGGAGAGCUGAUGACCUCAAGUCCAGUGGGAACGCUGGAGAGCAAAGUGCUUCCCAUCAACUUCCAAAUGGUGACCCAGCCAGUAAAAGCAGCCAAACCGAGUCCCAAACCUGCCCAGAAUAUUGUUCCCAGUGCGGUGGGGGAGCGCACGGCCCGGCAGCGCUAUGCUCAAAUCCUGCCCAAACCUUCAGCCGCCACUGCCAUCGCUUUGCGCUCGCCCUCCACCAUGAUCAUCACCAACAACCCCGUUAAGACUGUGAUGACCUCGUGUCACGUCAGCCCGGUCAGUUUAGUGAAGAUGACGGCCAUAUCGCUUCCGGCCACCAUCAGUGAAACCACCGCUUCCCUUACAAACACCGCGGUGUGCGCGGCAUCUGCAGACGUCAGUUCUGCCCUCACCGAGGACAGUGGCUCUGAUCAAGCCAUAAGGCGCACCCCUGCGGCGUCCAUACAGACCCCAAUGCUCAGUCCAGGACUGGAUAUCAGCAGUGAUGUUGAAAUGGUAAAUGAAGAUAUACACAGAAACAGCCUAACACAAAGUCCCAGCAAUCAGGGUUUGACCCAAAGAGCUAAUAUGUGUCGAGUUGGAGGGGCUGCCCAGAGGGCUGCCAGUGUGCCCAUCCCUCAGACUAAAUGCUUUCCUGGUCUGGAGGAAACAUGCAAUGGAAAGGUGUCUUUAAGCAUUGACACUGUGACAAUAGGUGAAAGCAGCAAUGACAACGUUUGUGAAACAAGCGCUCCGUCCUCUCACAAUGCCAGCACCGUUUGUUCUUCACUCUGCUCCAGCAGAGCACCUUCAUUUGAAGAAAGCUGCCACACAAAGGAAGGUAACAUAUCCAGGAAACGUUCAGGCCUCAGCCCAGACACCACCCCAGUCAAAAGGGUAUUUGUACCCCAGCAGUCAGCAGAGGGUGCUGCUGGUCUUGGGUACAUUUCCAGGCCAGGCGCUCCAGUUAGACCUGAAAGUGCACCAGUCACCAGAGAGGUGGAGAUGAAAUUGAACUCUACCUUGUCCACUCCAGUCAAUACACUCUGUACGUCCUCUUUCAGAGCCAGUGGAUUUUACUCUGUUGCCAAAACAUAUAGCUCAAUACAGAGGAAAAAUAUUUCCACUGUUAUGGAAACUGGCACUCUCGUCAGUCACCCAUUAAUGCAGCAACAUCAGGGGCACACAGUGGCGAACAUGCAAGCUGUUCCCAAUAAUCCCGGCUUUCAGAAGUAUUUGGGUGUGAGUUCAAACUCGGUAAUGGGAGGUCUGGAAGGGCAACAGCAGAAUUACACCGAGUCCAGUCCUGCUCCUGAAAACCUGGGGUUUUUAAGCCAAGCGCCGUCGAGCGGUCAGCUGCCCCUGCAGUCCGUCAUGGACUACUUUCACUUUGAUGAUGACGUGACUCAAGACAGCAUCAUGGAAGAAUUGGUGCAGAUGGAGGAGCAGAUGAAACUCAACCGUCAACAGGAGUUCAGAAGCUGUGCGGCGCUGCAGGGGCAACAGGCUGCGAUACCAGACAGCAUGACGUCCACCAAUCAGACCGUGACUGGCUUCUAUCAGACAGCUAACAACAGCGGGAACCCACUUCCAAGUCCAACACCCACACCCACGCCAACGCCAGAAAUGAUGGGUGGAGCUCAAGGUCUGACUGGCGAGAGCCCCUGCUCUCAUAUCGCAUCCACGACCCCAGUGGACAGCGCUCUGGGAAGUAGCCGUCACACCCCUGCAGGUACGCCACACUCCAACUGCAGCAGCACGGUGCCUCCCAGCCCGGUGGAGUGCAGGAACCCGUUUGCAUUUACGCCCAUCAACUCCAGCAUCACCGGCUUCCACGACGGCAGCACCGUCUCCAGCAGUCCCGUCAAGCCCAUGCAGAGGCCGAUGGCCACCCACCCUGACAAGACCAGGCUGGAGUGGAUGAGCAACAGUUACAACAGCAGCGGUGGGAGUGCAAACAAGUCCAACAGUGGGAUGGGUAUCCUUCCCAGCUACCAGGGCUACCAGUUUCAGAAGCCUCACGCCUUUGCCAUUCCUCAUGCGCGACACCAUGACAGCCACUUUGCCCGUCUCACUCCAGUCUCACCCGUUCAGCAGCAGUUGGCUAACAUGACCCGGCAGGAGGGCUUCGCUGUGCCGGCUCCUCUGGAUAACAAAACCAACGCGGCCACUACAACGUUUCGCUGCCGCAGUGUGAGCCCUGCUGUCCAUCAGAGGAAUCUGAGUGGAAGUACAGGAAACGGCUCUCUUUCCAAUGUACCCCGUUCACUGAUGUCUGCAUUUAAUCCUCUGGCAACACCCGAGGAGUUGAGCAUCUUUCCGAACAGCCAGACGGGUUUUGGGGCGAGCAGCAUGGCUCAGAGGAGUCGCUCUGUGCCUCUCAACAUCAUGAUGCAAACUGAAGUCCUGCCGAUGUCGGCCCAACUGUGCAACAGCAAAAAUGUUUCCAGUGUCUCCCUGAGCAAGCUUGAUGGGGAUCGUGAUGACUCUGUGCGGGGUGUGGGCAUAAAUAAUUCACCUUCCACCUAUACAGCACGCAUGAACCUCACUGAGAUCCUGGAGUCUAACCCUGACCCCUCCUGCACUGAGGGUCACCUCAGCCUCACUGAAUCCACUGCCAUGUGCAAACUACAGGGGCCCAAUUAUCUCAUAGAAAAUGCUGUCAACGAUCCAAUGGGUCUCCCAGCAGGAGACAGCCAAGUCCAAUCAGUCUCUGGAGGGCAGUCCACAAUGUUAGCUUUAAGCUCACAGCAGCAGCACCAGCAGCUGGAUUUCAGCAGCAGUCAGGAGAUGCUGACCGGUGGCGGCCUUGCUGUCGGCACUCAGUUCAUGGAACAGGUGUCCGAGCUGACGACCAGCGGAGCAGAGUUCCCCUGUGAGAUCAGAAUGACGUCGGAGCUCUCGAGUAGCAUCAACGACCUGAACGCACUGGACACAAACCUACUGUUCGACCCAAAUCUGCACCAAGGUCCUUAUCAGAAUGCUGUUCCAGAGGAACUGGUGAACAAUACCCUGUUUCAGCGUAUUGCCGGCGAGACGGCACAUGCAAGUGAUCUGGACUGGCUGGACAGCAAAGAUCAUCCAGCUGUCGGUUUAAUGGGCUGAAGAAAGAGCUUCUUUUUUUUUUUUUUUUUCAAGCUGUGUUGAUCAUGGCAAAGUGUGGUUGCUGUUUGUUGUAUUUAUUUUUAGGCAUUUUCACUUUAUAAUGCAACACUGGACACAGUGAUAGGUGUCCAGUUUAAGUGCCAGGCUAAAAUGAGAUAAGGCUUAUGCUGAAAUGCUGGUCAUUUCCCUCCAGACAGCGCGUCGCCUCACGUUGCGUUAGCAGAACACACAGAACAAACCAAAACAGAAACCUAACUCAAAAACUAAAAUCUUUUAUGCAUAAUAUUUAUCUCAAUCAUUGAUGUGAUUCAUGAUUAUACAAAGCCAUAGUAAAAAAAUUCCUUGUAUUACUUUAAGGAAUCUGAGAGGAGAAAAGGGACACCAUGUUUCAAUCAUGUUUUAUUAGUUUAUAACCACAUAAAAAGUAACUAUGCCAUUUUUUUAAAAUUAUUAUUAUGAGCAGGUUCUCUUCAAUUAAUAAUGCACUACAGUAUUUGUAUAGAAGCCAUGAACGGAAAAAAAAAAGAAAUAUGGUGUUUUCCACAUGUUUCUCGGCCAGAGGUGUUCCUCCCUGCCUGGAUGGGGAAAGUGAGGUGGAUUUAGCAACUUCAAACUGAUGUUUUUUUUUCAUAUGAGUACACAAAAAAAUUAUUUUUCUUUCUCACUUGAUGCCACUGAAUCCUGCAUACUGCAGAUUUACAUUGUGAAAUUUCGACUUAUGAAGGUGACAUGUGAUCAAAGCAUAAAUUACAACAAAGCAAUUAUAUCAAAUGAACAUGUGUGGAACAUUAGUAUGUGAGAAAACUUUACCUUUGUUCAAGAUUUAGAUUUCCCCCCCCCCCCAGCUUUAAGACAUGUUAAAAGAAGAGAAGUCCAUUGAUGGGAAUCCCAGAAAUAUACUCUGUCAUAAUAUAUCAAACGUAUAAUGCUAUGCAUUUAAUAUAACAAAUUUAUUGCAAUUUUAUCUAAUCUUAUCUAAUUCUUAACACAGUAGUGUAACAUAUUGAUGGGAUACCUGGUAUCUUUUUGAGCAAGCCAGACCACUGCAAAGACAAAUUUUGUAACCGUUCUAUUUUAUAUAUUUAUUAUCCCUUUCAAAGAUUAUGAGAAAUGUAAUGUGUUUAGUGUCUAUAAAACUGGGGUGAGAGGCCAAAUUCUGUAAUGUUAAUCAUAGAGUUCAACCAUUUUCAGUGCUUUUCUAAAGUGUGUCAUACUUUUUUUUUUAUUACUAUGCAUGUUAUUAGUAAUAAUAUUGCACUAACGUAAAUAUAAAAUGUAGAAGGCCAAGCAAUUCACUUAAAUUUUUUUUUUGCGAGAUUAACAAUCAAAUGCACUCUAUGGAUAAAAUGUCAUGCAAUGCUGCUCUGCAAAGAUAUCGCUAAAAUAUAUGCACUAAUUAUCCAUGUCAAACAGAAAAUUGUGUAGAAAAAUCUGCAAGCUCUACUGCCAGCAAAGUAUCUGUGUUUAUUGCCAUGUCACUGGAAACUUGUGUUCAGCACUCCCGUUACCAUAGUUUGAAUAAAGCAUGAAUGACAG